UCCAAGGACAUGAGAAAACCACGCCGCAAAUCACACCAAGGAGAUGACGGACAGCAGUCUACCUCCCCUUAUGGGUUAUCUUGUUCCCCUAGCCGAGAGACGCUGACCUACGCACAGGCACAACGCAUGGUUGAUAUUGAGAUAGAUGGGCGACUGCACAGAAUAAGUAUAUUUGAACCUCUUCGGAUUGUGUCUGAGGAUGAGCUUACCGCUCAAGACAUCACAGAAUGUAACAGCAACAAAGAAAACAGCGAGGUCACUCUGUCAACCAAUUGUCGCAAGACCACAGCCAAAGGUAAAAAGCGAGACAUUUGUCCAAAGCAAGAUGCGAUUAUUAAUUUGACACAGCUGCCCCAGCCUAUAUUCAAAGAAGUCGAGCAAGUGUAUGUGGAAAACAUACCAGAAAAUGUUGUACUGCCGGAUACUUUGUACCGCUACACGGAUCGAUCGGUGGAAGAGGUGGAUAAGGAUAUUGAAUAUGAUCUGGAUGAGGUAGAUCUGGCAUGGCUGGAGAUGAUAAAUGGAAAGCGUCAGACUGAUGGUUUUUCAGUGGUUUCGGCAGACACGUUUGAACAGUUGAUUGACAGGUUGGAAAAGGAGUCAUACCUUCAAAACAAGCGUGUCGGUGUGAUGCAGUCGCCUAUUGAUGAAAAUGCAUUUUGUUGUGUAUGCUUGGAUGAUGAAUGCCACAACAGUAAUGCAAUCUUAUUCUGUGAUAUAUGCAACCUUGCAGUUCAUCAGGAGUGCUAUGGCGUGCCAUACAUCCCAGAAGGACAGUGGCUUUGCCGCUGCUGCUUGCAGUCACCUUCAAGACCUGUUAGUUGUGUGCUUUGCCCUAAUCAGGGUGGGGCUUUUAAACAGACUAGUGAUGGACGGUGGGCACAUGUAGUAUGUGCUAUUUGGGUUCCAGAGGUAUGUUUUGCUAACACUGUAUUUUUAGAGCCAGUUGAAGGUAUAGAUAACAUUCCACUUGCUCGAUGGAAGCUUACAUGUUACCUGUGUAAGCUUAAAGGACAUGGAGCUUCAAUCCAGUGUCACAAGGCAAACUGUUAUACAGCCUUCCAUGUCACAUGUGCUCAGAGGGCUGGACUAUUUAUGAAGGUAGAACCAGUGCGUGAGACUGGACUGAAUGGUACCACCUUCACUGUACGCAAAACUGCAUAUUGUGAAGCUCACCGGCCUCCUGGCACCCAGCAAGAAGAGUCCCCAAAAAGUUGUUUGAAAGAGGCCGACUCUGAGGAACAGAUCACUGGCACAGAUGAGAUGGAAAAGGAUGAUGAUGAGGAUGAUAACAAGAAGGAAGGUGGCAAAAGGUUCCAUGAGAAGCUAUACGCAAAGAACAGCAGGGAUCUGGCAUGGAAGGGUGAUCCUGUGCCAGUCAUGGAAGCUUUGCAGAUUCCGUUGUGUAGGUUAAUUAAGAUCUCUAGUGGCGUUUAUUUGCAAAAAAAGACCCAGUUCAUGCAACAUCUACACAGUUACUGGCUACUCAAACGUCAGUCUAGGAAUGGAGUUCCUCUUAUUCGAAGACUUCAUUCUUAUGGACAGUCUCAAAGGAGUGCAGAGCAGAAAGAAAGAAAUGCACAGACAUCAUCUGUUAAGGAGGCACUGAAAUACUGGCAGAAAUUAAGACAUGAUCUUGAGAGAGCCAGACUGCUGACUGAACUUAUUCGAAAGAGGGAAAAACUAAAGAGAGAACAGGUUAAAUUGCACCAGGCAGCAAUGGAGCUAAAGCUGAACCCAUUUAAUGUGUUUCUGCGUGCUACUUUGGAUUUGUUGCAAGAGAAAGACCCAGCUAACAUCUUUAAAGAACCUGUAAAUCUAAAGGAAGUACCAGACUACAUGGAUUUUGUUUUACACCCCAUGGACUUUUCUACAAUGCGGCACAAACUGGAAUGCCACCAGUACUCAUCCUUUCCAGCUUUUGAAGAUGAUUUCAAGCUAAUCAUCUCUAACUGCUUGUGUUAUAAUUCUCGGGAGACUGUGUUCCACCAAGCUGCUUUGCGUCUUCACCAGCUGGGUACAGCAGUACUUCAUCAUGCUAGACGUCAGGCGGAAAGUAUUGGUUAUGACCCACAUACCCUGGUGCACCUACCUGAGAAGCCCCAUGCUGAUGACUACUACCGGUUCUCAUGGGAAGAAGUGGAUGAUCUUUUGCUCCCUGAGAACAGAGCUCAUAUGUCUCCUGAAUGCCAGCUCAAAGAACUCUUGGAGAAGUUGGAUAUUGUUAGUAGCUUUCGAACCAGCGGAGCACGCACAAGGCGCUUGAAACUGCUGAGAAAGGAAAUAAAUCUUUUACAGCAAAGACUGGCGUCAUGUAGCAAAGACUUGAAUGAUGCUUGUUCUGAUGCAAAGGUUACCCACCCUCCUAUGCUGGAGCUUACAGAACCUGCUCUCCCACUGCAAAAUGUUACAGCUCAUGAGCAUCCUCCUACACUACAGCCCAUAACCCAGAGUCCUGUUCACAAACAAGGGAAGAAUAUGUCUCAUGUGAAAACUCGAGGCUCUCCUGUGCAGAAUCCGAGGAGGCGGACAGCUGCUGUACAUAAAUCCUGGAAGAAGAAAAAGACUUCCACUGAAAACAUUCAUCAGUCUAUAAGUGGGAUUGAAAGUGAUGAAGAAAGAACUGCAGAAUAUCCAGCUCUCGAAGUUGCCAAUGGGUUUAGAACACAUGCAGAAAGUGGCUUGGAAUCUGACAGCAGCUCUGAGUUAUAUAGGGAACCAACUUCAUAUUCCAAUGGGAAAAUGACUCCUCUAGGAAAACCUGCCCUUUCACAUCUGCCCCUGCUUGGAGCUAUAAAUGGCGAUUAUACCAGUCGAGAAAACCUCUUGAUGUCAUUUGAUAGUUCUGUAGAACUGAAGCCUCUCCAGUUAGUAUGGGCUAAAUGUCGUGGAUAUCCUUCCUACCCUGCCUUGAUCAUUGAUCCAGAAAUGCCAAGGGAGGGUUUGCUGCACAAUGGCAUACCUAUUCCUGUACCGCCUUUGGAAGUUCUUAAGCUUGGAGAGCAGCGACGACUUGAGAACAUUUUGCAACAACUCUUUCUAGUUUUAUUUUUUGACAAUAAAAGAACAUGGCAGUGGCUUCCCAGUGACAAGCUUUUACCUUUGGGUGCUAAUGAUACAGUUGACAAGCUGAAAAUGUUGGAAGGCCGAAAGCCGAGCAUUCGCAAAUCUGUGCAGGUGGCUUAUGAUCGAGCUAUGACCCAUCUGAAUCGUGUUGGGGGUAGCCACCCAUUUAUCACCACAAACUACCUAUAUUAAUCCCUCUAAAUCCAUAAUGGAAGAUAUUGUUGCACUUUCAAACAGUAGAAUAUAUUCUGAAACUUGGAAGUAAUUUUUGAAUUGAACUAUUUGAAGUUCUUCAUCUUACUGCCUAAGAAGACAAAAAGUAUUUAAGGUAGUGAACAUAUAUCUGUUUAUUGUGCCAAAAUGAACUCAAAGAAGCAUGUUUUAAACCCUACGCCCACAUAUGGGAGAGAAAAUAUUAAAUAGUAGAGGUUUUAUUUAAAAAAAUAACUUUUUUUCCAACUGUGUGGUUUUCAUAUGAAUUAGAAUCUGACCAGUAUGUGUAAUUUUACUUGAUUUCAUUUUAGCUUUUAGACAUGACAUAAUAAGGUCUACCCAUUUUAUAAGCCAAAUAAGUAGUGUAUUUUGAGUCAUAGAAGAUAAUUGGAUUUUAUUU